UCGCGGUGCCGUAAUUAGACGCUCAUUCCUUCAGUCAAGCUGCAACUGCGACUCUCAGCUCCAUCAAAUCCACUUCUUUCCCCAGUCUAGCUUCUUCUUCUUCAUCUUUUUUUAAGGGAGCACUGCAGUUUUUUUCACACAUCCCCGCGGAACAACCAGCAUCGGAAAGUCCACCUCGUCCACGUCUGUUUCUCUCCAGUUUUUGAUACUUUGAGUCUCACCUCUUUCAAUGGGUCUGCGCGUAGCGCUGCUUUGCUCUCUGUUCGGAGUUCUUCUUGGCCAAGGAGCAGAACAAAUCUCAAUGGAGGACUGCUGUAAAAAUGGGCAAAAGCAUGGCACCGAUCAUGAAGACUGUGCAUCCCUGCCCCUUAUCUCUGAGUCAACCACAUGCAGGAUAGUGCAGGAGCAGUGCUGUGUAACAGUGCUCGAGGAUAAAAUGUGCACCAAUGGUAUCAACAUUGCCAAAGACCAGGGGGCCUGCGAUUCUUUAUUCACCAACACCUGCGACACCAAGACUACAAAGAUGUGCUGUGACUGUUGUACUCUGGGUAAAACAGCCCAUGAGCUUGGCCUACCCUGUGACCACAACCUAUCUGUUGGCCAUCAGUGCAAUCUGGUGUCCCGGGCCUGCUGUGUGGAAGGAGCCACAGCGCAUCAGAGAGAACUGCCUAACAAGGACGAGACAACUGAAAAUGGAGAUUCAGCGUUAAAUAAUCAGUGCAAUGGGAAGUGUGCUCAUCGCUGUGUGGGGAAUGACACUUGUGCCUGUUUCAAAGGCUAUAAACUCAAACCAGAUGGAAAGAGCUGUGAGGACAUCAACGAGUGUUUGGUGGGAGCCAGCAACUGUCGGGGAGGAGAGCGUUGCAUCAACACGGAGGGCUCGUUCCGUUGCCAGAGAGAAGUCAGCUGUGGAACAGGAUAUGAGCUCACUGACAGCAACAACUGCAAAGAUAUUGAUGAGUGUGAGACCGGUAUCCAUAACUGUGGACCGCAGUUUCAAUGCCAAAACACCCAGGGGUCGUUCCGUUGUCUGCCCAAAGUUCAGUGUGGAUCUGGCUUUAUCCAGGAUGCUCUUGGAAACUGUAUUGAUAUAAAUGAAUGUGUUAGCCAGACAGGUCCAUGCAACAGGGGGCAGAUCUGUGUCAACACAGUGGGCUCGUACACCUGCCAGAGGAACUCGGUUAACUGCGGUCGAGGAUACCACCUCAAUGAAGAGGGCACACGCUGCGUUGAUAUCGAUGAGUGUAAGACCACUGAAAAUGUCUGUGGAGGUCAUGCGUGCCUCAACAUGUUGGGGUCUUACCGGUGUGAGUGUGAAGCUGGCUACAUGUUCAAUAGCAUCACUCGGCUUUGUGAAGAUGUCAAUGAAUGCAGGCAUUACCCUGGUCGUCUGUGUGCUCAUAAGUGUGAGAAUACUUUGGGAUCCUACAAAUGUAGCUGCACUACAGGCUUCGCGUUAGCUGCUGACGGCAGAAAUUGUGAUGAUUUGAACGAGUGUGAGAGCACCCCAUGUAGUCAAGAGUGCGCCAAUGUGUACGGUUCCUACCAGUGUUACUGCCGCCGUGGCUACCAGCUCAGUGACAUAGAUGGCACUACUUGUGAAGAUAUAGAUGAAUGUGCCCUGCCCACUGGAGGUCAUAUUUGCUCCUACCGCUGUCACAACACGCCUGGCAGUUUCCACUGUUCCUGCCCUGUCAAUGGCUACACCUUGGCAGUAAACGGGCGCAGCUGCCAGGAUAUUGAUGAAUGUGUGACAGGAAGCCAUACGUGCACAGAGAAUCAAAGCUGCUUCAAUGUACAGGGAGGAUUCAGAUGCCUGUCUUUCGAGUGUCCGAACAAUUACAGACGGGUCGGAGAGACUCGAUGCGAACGCUUGCUUUGCAAUGAGUCUGUCGAGUGCCUGACCAUGCCCCUGAGAAUAACCUACUACUACCUCACCUUCCCCACCAACAUCCCCAUCUUCACCACCAUCUUCCGCAUGGGCCCCUCCCACACCGUGCCUGGCGAUGACAUCCAGAUUGCUAUCACAGCUGGCAACGAGGACGGCUUCUUCAGAACUGAGCAGAUGCCCACUGGUGGUGUGAUGUCAGUGGCAAAGCUCAUCAACAAGCCGGAGGACUUUGAGCUGUCUCUGGAACUGAGGCUGCGCCGCUAUGGCACAGUCACUACAUACCUGGCUAAAGUGCUGGUGUUUGUUACACAGGAGGAGCCCAGAGUACCCUAUAAUCCCCUACUAGAAUAAACAAAAGGGAUUCACAGGUUUGCACAAGUUGUUACCCCCUUAAAAUAGAUGUGGCAUAUUAACUUAAUCUCACUAAGAAAUCAGAAAAAUUGCAAAAUGCAUGCAAGAGUAAAGCAUGGUGAUGCAAUAUAGCCUGCUAUAUAUUAAUGAUUACACAAGUUAAGUAUAGUAAGAGCAUGUACAGGUAAAAAUAUAAUUAUGAUUUCCAUGAGUUUCUGGCAAGUGCAGGCCUUUCAGGGCUACUGCUGGUCCAAAACUAUGGUGCCGCUGUCCCCUUUAUCUUGUCUGCUAUUGAGGCUUUUUUCUACUACAUUUUUUUUAAUGAAUGAACUCAAAUACUACUCUGUCUCCCAAUAAAUGCACAUUAAACAUGGCACAUUAUUUUUUAAUGACACUGUAAAAUACAUUAAUCAGAAGAAAAACAAUCACAAUUUGUAGUUGUAUAGCAUUGUACACAAUAAACCUUUUGUUUUAAACAAAAAAACAUAUGGAUUAUUAUUCAGGAGUUUAUAUUAGGGCCAACUGAAUGCAUCUUUUUAGGUGAGGCAUUGUCAAAGAAGCCACUGUAGGUGGCGUUCUAGGUCAGUGUAACUCUCAAAAUGGUAACAACCCAAGUUUGCCGACAACUGAGUGUAAUUUGAUGAUGGUUGCAUGAUAAAGUCUGACAUUUUGCAGUAUUUUAUGGUUUAUGUGCUGGAUGAACAGUUUUCUAUUAAAACUGAAAUAGAAAUAACACAUGUUCAAGUUAAAACCAGUGUUUGAUAAUGGUGCUUUGUGGGGUUUAAUCAAAUACAGCAAAGGGAGCAGUUGGAAUGUGAGGCUAAGUCACAGAUGGAGGCAUGAAGAUUUCCCCUCACAAAGUUUCAUAUUACUAUUAUUCCAGUAGUUUCAGAACAUUGCGUAUAUUCUGUUUUGUCAUUAAAAAAAUGUCCUUCAAUUACAAGAAAGUGUUUUAGUAUUUUAA